AUACAUUUAUACUGGUGAACUUGAUUUAACUGAACAAUCGGGUGAGAAUAUUCUUGAUCUACUAGUUGCAUCCGAUGAACUACUACUUGAAGAAUUAUUUGAACAUGUUCAAGAUUAUUUAAUUGAAAAACAAACAAAUUGGGUACGGGAAAAUUUCAUAUUUGUUCUUAAUACCGUGUUUAGACUCGAUAAUUGCAAAAGAUUACAAGAUUAUUGUCUUGAAUCUAUCCGUGAAGAUCUACUACCAUUUUUUUCUUCAAAAUCUUUUCCCUCAAUAAAUAAACAAAUACUUCUUGGCGUACUUAAAAGAGACGACUUACAGAUUGAAGAAAUUAUCAUUUGGGAUUAUUUAAUUAAAUGGGGUAUUGAACAAACUCCAGGUCUUGGAAAUGAGAAUUGUGAUAGAGAGAACUGGAAUUAUGAAGAUUACGAAGCGUUGAAAAAUACUUUAAAUCAAUUUAUUCCUCUCAUUCGAUUUGCAGGAAUUUCUCACGCCGAUUUUUUUGAUAAAGUCCGUCCUUAUAGAAAUAUUAUUACUGAUAAUAUUUAUGAAGAAAUUGAAGAAUUUCAUAAAGACGCCUUACCAAUAACUACAAUGUUACCUCCUAGAAUUGGUUUAAUAUUCAAAUCAAAUAUUAUCAACCAAAAACUUGCAAAAAUAAUAAUUAAUUGGAUUAAUAAUAAAGAUGCCAUGUAUAUUAAUAAUAGAAAUGGCCCAUUUUAUAAGCUUAAUAUUAUUUAUCGUGGUAGUCGUGACGGAAUUAAUAAUAGAUCAUUUAGAAUAAGAUGUAAUGGACGAGUAGAAAGUUUAGUCUUAAUCAAAGUUAAAAAUACAAAUAAGAUUUUUGGUGGAUACAGUUCUAUCGGAUUCAGUUCAUUAGGAUGUGGUUAUAUUGUUGAGUAUGGUUAUCGAUUUUACAAUUCAUCAAAUAAUUUUAUUUUCUCAUUUGAAGAUGGCGAUGAUACUCAAAAUAUGAAAAUAAGUCGGGUAGUAAAAGAAACUCAAGCCAUAAUGGUUCAUAAAGAAAAUGCAUUUAGUUUUGGUUGGGGUUCAUUGGUUAUGAGCGGUAAUGGUUUAUAUGCUAAUAAUAGUAGCCAAAGUUAUGAAAAUAAGUUAAAAACUGCGACAGUUUAUACCAUUGAGGAAAUUGAAGUCUUUACCGUAAAUAGAAAAUGCGAGGAUUUAAUAUUAUGAUGUUUAUUUGUUGCUGUCUCGUAAUCCAUUAUAUAAGUUUGAACCUAUUUAUCGUGAUAGUCGUGAUGAAAUUAGUAGUUUAUCAUUUAGGAAUAAGUGUAAUGGUCGCAAGUUUAGUCAUGAUUAAAGUUGAAAAUACACAUAAAAUUUUUUGGUUGAUACAGUUCUAUCGGGUUUCGUUCAUUAGGGGGUGAUUAUAUCUUUGAAUAUGAGUUUUGAUUAUACAGUAUUAUUCAUCAGAUAAUUUUAUUUUCUCAUAUGA